ACUUGUAAGAGUGUGGAUAUGAAAAUGGCAGUGCUUUGCUGUACGUCCAUGCAGCUCUUGCUGGUGGCACUGGCCGCUCUGGCUGGGAUCUGUCUGGGAGGGUCCGACGGGCCCCGUGGAGUGGCUCUUCCUUUUGUCUUUGACCCCAAAGCGAUGUGCGACCCACCUUGCAAACAUGCCGGGAUUUGCAUCCGAAACAACAGCUGCUUCUGCUCAAGAGGAUAUGAGGGAGAAACCUGCCAAUAUGCAAACUGUUAUCCAAAGUGUAAAAACGGUGGAGAGUGCCUUCGACCUGGAAAAUGCAGAUGCCCUUCAGGAUUUGGAGGAAAAUAUUGUCACAAAGUGGUUUGUGAUGGUGGCUGUUGGAACGGUGGUGAGUGUAUUGCUGUGAAUGGAGAAGCAAAAUGCAUCUGUCCCUCCAGCUGGACUGGCUCCAGAUGCCAAGACGCGAUCUGUCCACAGGGAUGCAGGAACGGGGGCAGCUGUGUGGCUCCUGGAAUCUGCAGCUGUCCAGAAGGAUGGAUAGGUGGAGCCUGCCACACAGCUGUGUGUAAAAAGCCGUGUCUGAAUGGGGGGAAGUGUAUGUCUCCUAACACCUGUCGCUGUCGAGCUCCGUUCUCAGGCCCGCAGUGUGAAGAGAGGAAGAAGCUCUACUGAUGUCAGAACAGUCUGACCUCUGACCUCCACAGUCCCUUAAAUUGGUGCUAAAGUUACGUGUUUGUUUGUUGAACCCUAACUGAACAUGUGA